CACCGCUGGUGCAUUCACCACAACAAGCCUCUCUCCGCACAAUGAUCUCACCAACUGAAUCUUUUGUCGACAAUUUGGCUGCACAAGCUACAGUUAAGAUAUACGGCGAUAUCAGUAUUAUCGCCCUCCCAGGCGUCGAGACACUCCCCGAGUCCCAACGCAUCACAGUUCUCAAGAAAGCAGAGCAACGAUUGAUAUCAGACCAUCCAGACGCUGAUGCUCUCGAGUUGAGACUGCAAACUAUCACACCGCCUCCAGACGAGGGAGAAGAUGACGAAGAAUCUCGCCUGCUAGAAGCCCAGGCUCGUCAGGACCUGGAAAGUGAUGGAUGUCCUCCCUGCUACCCGCCCCACCUCGACGUCCCCGUUCGAAACCCGCCCGAGGAGUACCGACAGAUAGUAGAGUAUUGGAAAUCAUUCUCAUCAACAGAUGAUGUGGUGCUCUGCGCCCAGAGGUCGGAUUGGCGAAAAUUUCGAGAGUCUCAGCGAAGACUGCGGUACCGCUAUCGAAACAAAUCAUUCAGCAUGUUUGUGGACGAGCUUCGCGAGCGUCGACGAGCGCAUGGAUUGGACGGCAACGUUCAUCUACUGUUGGACCCGCAACAGCAGAGUCAGCAACAGAAUUGGAUUGAGUUUCAGGACUACCAUCUCAGACUUCAUGAGUUGCAGGAAAAGAAACGAGAUGGACUACAGACAGACUUGGAUAACAAUCAGAGGGAAGCCAGUGAUACGGACAUGGAAGGUUCAGCAUAUGCAACACAGCAGGAAAGAGCCAUUCGCCAACGCCUUGAAUAUGCCGAAAAAACCCUGCGAUGGCACGAGGUCAUCCUGCGUUGGAUUGAACAAUGUCGAGUUGCGAUGGAUCCACUACCUCCGACACCCUUCGAGAAAGGCAGCGGUGAUCAGAACUCCUCAUCCAAUCGUCAGUGGCGCUCAAAGCGAUGGAAUACUCCGACUGUCCUCGGGAAGGCGAGGGUAUCGAAGUCCACGCCAAAGGGCCGAAAUAUACGGACCCGGCCGUUCAAGGCUGCAAUGUCCAAGCCUCUCUCCGUAGACUCGGCCGUCACGAUGCCAAGUGGCACUGGACAGAUGCCGAAGCGUCGGGAGAUAAAGCCUCGGCGUGCCAAAGAGAAGGCACUUGGCCAACUUCUUCCACAGAGAGUGGCCAAGGCAAAUCGGUUCGCUGAUACUGGGACCAAAUCGCGAUCAAGGGCACAGUGCAGCUGCGACGGGCCGAUUCGAGAUCAGGCACGGCCUCACCACCGGUUGGCCACUCAGCGACCACAUCCUACGCCUAGGACCAUCAAGACGCGAAGUCAACGGAUAUCAAGGGCGCCAGUGAGAUGGGCCCCGGAGUAAAGACGUCAUCUGUGCUCCAGCACUACGGCGAUGCCGAUAUUGUAGAUUCGAAUGUUGAGAUCUGCUGAGGCCACUGUAUCUACAUAGUCCUUCCAUAUCUCCUUAUCGAGCUCAUGAUCAGACACCACGCACCCCCACACAGCCUCAUCCGUGUCAUGAACCACACCUUUAUAACGCUGGCCUUCAUGAGCCGCACGAUUAAAGUACGACACCGUUAGCCAAUUUCAGAUGGACUGAUGGACUACUUGGCUGUCGACGCGAGAUUUGGCAGUGUAUGUUCGUCGUUUCGGUCUUGUCCAGAAUGCGAGGGCUGUACCAGCCCACGCGUAUGCAGCACAAGUCAAUCCCCAUGUGGCAUCGAACAAAUGUGUUAUGUACCACAUUCCAACCAUGAUAUCGAUGACUUGGGGCGUGAAUUCAAGAAACACAAUUUCGAACAGAUCACUCAUGGCAUUCGCUUGUUCUACUGAUCUCAAAACUUUGCCUGACUCUUUAAAGGUUGUGGAAGUCCAUGGAUAGACUCAUGAUAUGCUGGAACGCAAGUUGGCAUAUCCCUGUCGUGAUUGGAUCCUUAACUCCGCGAGUGCGAGUUGGUUGACCAGACGAAGACCUGCCGCACCGUUGAGCCAUGCAAACAGCAUCCACAUGCCAGCCUCCUUCCAAGGCACAUUGCCAGUGGCGAAGCUGGCUGCCAGUUUAUCGGUGAGUAAACCAAUUUGUCGGGGAGUAAGGACGCGUGCAGCUACAAUAUUCACUACCAGAGCGAGUACGCAGAGCUUCGCCUUGAGAUCGUUUUUUGGUAGGAGAUGAGGCAGGAAGACAGUGAAAGACCUGAGAUAGUCGAUCCGGCCAAGUUCCUCGAGCCGCUAUUGCUGCUUCAUCUUGACGUCCUUGUCGAGGUCAUGCUUGCCAGGGUCUUCGUCCUCUGAUCCGGGUACAUGAUUGCUGCCGUCACGAAGCGGUUCGCGCUCGGUAUCAGACCCAGAAGCGCACUGUCUUUCGAAAACCAAGAAGCUACUACGGACUGUAAGACCAGCUAGGGUUACAGCUCGGAUGGAGUGAAGCGUUAGAAGAAGAGUUGCGAGGACUGUGCCGUGUCGUGGUGCCUGCCGCUCACUGAUCACAACGGCCUGGCUCAGGACGAAUGCAGCCGCUCGAGGUAACUGGCCACAAUUAAGAGUAUCGGGAGGACCAGCGUCCAUCGGUUUCCGUUGAAAUGAAUAUUUCGUCUGGCUAAUGAAGGAGAGCGGUUAAGGUACAGAAAGGCGACCGCAAAGGCUAUCAUCAGACAUGGUGCGUAAAGGGACGCGAAUAGUGUCAAUAUCAUCAUCAUAGGUAACACUUCUGAAUGAUGGGAUAUCAAAGAGCUCUAAGCUUCAGUCAUCGGAGAUGGAAAGGCCCUGUCGUCCUUAUCUAACAAAUUUCUUUGAGCCACCCAUGGGCCACAAUGCUGGCUUGACUAGGGGAUCACCUUGGUGUGCAUGCAGUGUUCGCGACGGUUUGCCGGCUGGAUUAUGGAUCAAGCUCCCACGACUCAAUAUUGAAACUAACGCUGCUGGACCAGGUAUGGAGCAUGGCGAUUCCUGCUUAUGAUUGCCCAUAAAUCCAAGAUUGGGCGGACAUCACGGACCAUCAAACUGUACUGGAGAAUGCAGCAAUGCCAAAACCAUGUUGAGAUUGCUGAAAAUGUAAGCAACAUGCAAGCCGCCUAUAAUACCGGCCAAACGGUGCGGUGCGUGUUCGCAAUAGCUACGACGGAUAUAAAUAUCGAAUGAUCACCUACAGAUCAGUUUUGGAACUAGCGCUGCUCGAUCAUGGGUGGGGCGUGGCGAUUCUUGCGGGUGACAUUUGGUAAGGCUGGAGCUGAACAAUCAUUGUUGGACGUUCAAGGCGACCCAAUGCCAUGGAAUCACAUCGCAUUGCAGGUUCUCCGACCUACUCUGCAGCAACCGACUCCCUGCCUUCGGAACGGACGGGAUGCUGCAAUACUUGGACAAACUUUGGAGAAACUGUGUUGAUGAGUCAAGCAGCGGUAAUGAUGUAGUAUAGGCUAGCUCUACAUGUUCUGCAGCCUGGAUCAGGAUUGUAUACUUGAUUGCUCCGCUCAAACAUUGGCACUUGAUGAGAGUCAAUAUCUAGUUGACUGUUUACAUGCACAUGAUUCCCCCGUUGAUACAAUUGAGCAACAAAAGUUUAAAAACUGCAUUAUAAAAC